GUCGAUGUAUCUAACAGUCGCAUCUCUUCGUCCUCGACUCAAACUCGAACAAAAGCAACAGAGCUUCUCUCUCUCUCUCUCUCUUUUUCUCUCUCUCUCUUCUUUCUCUCUCUUGGGUUCGAACAACAGAGGAGCGAAGAUGAUGCACAUGACGCUGUACUGGAGCAGGUACGUGACCCUCCUCGUCGAUUCAUGGCGGACCGACUCCUGGCCCAGCUACUUCCUCUCCCUCGCCGCCUGCUUCCUCGUCUCCGCCUUCUACCAGUACAUGGAGGACCGCCGCAUCCGCUUCAGAUCCCUCGCCUCCUCCUCCGCCUCCGCCUCCGCCGCCGCGUCCCCCGCGCCGGCCGCCGCCGCAGCCGCCGCGUCCCCGCUCCUCCUGAAGGCCGGCGCCUCCCGGCUGGCCAGAUCCGCGAGGCUCGGGGCGGCUCUGCUCUUCGGGCUCAACUCGGCGAUCGGCUACCUCCUGAUGCUGGCGAUCAUGUCGUUCAACGGGGGCGUGUUCCUGGCGAUCGUCGGCGGGCUGACGGUGGGUUACUACGUGUUCAGGUUCGACGAUGAGGGGGUGGCCGCCGUGGUGCUGGACAACCCCUGCGCUUGCGCUUGAAGGUUUCCGCCUCCUCCGCCGCCGCCGCCGCCGCUGCUCCUCAGAAUUCUCUGCUUUCGACGUCUUUCUGUUCGGUCUUCUCUGUUCCCUCUCACCGUGUAAUUUCCAUCUCCGAAUCUGUUGUAUUAUCAAUCCGCGAUUGUCAACGCGAACCGCAGUUGUUCCGGAUCUGGAUGAAUGGUCGUCUUGUUUGUAUAGGCGCAUCUUGCGCGUCCGAUUGUCGGAGCAGGGUCUCACCCAAGAUCGAUCUUCUUUAAUUCUGGCGAAAA